AAUCUAUUAUUUAGUGAUGAGUUUGUUAUACAAAACAUUUAAGUUUUAUAUUCCAAUUUUUAGCUACGAUCCCGAACAAGACAGAUGGUCGUGGGUGAAACCGAUGCAUACGAAAAGAUUAGCAGUAGGUGUAGCAGUUGUUAACAGAUUAUUAUACGCAAUCGGAGGUUACGAUGGCUCAAAAAGAUUAAACACUGUCGAAUGUUACCAUCCUGAGAAUAACGAGUGGACUGUGGUCACCUCGAUGCAUACGUAUAGAAGUGGUGCAGGCUUUUAUAUUUCCUUUUUAAGGUGUAGCCGCAAUAAAUCAAUUUAUCUAUGUUGUUGGAGGAUACGACGGCACAAAACAACUUAAUACGGUAGAACGUUACGAUACAGAAAAAGA